GGGGAAAGGUUGCAGCGGGGUCGGAAGGCGCGGGAGGAGUCUGGCGGUGAUUGAUGGGGAAGGGAUGAAUGAAUAAAAGUACUUGUCUGAUGGCAGCAGAGACCCCGAGCAAACGGUGUAGGCUACACUGUCUGGCAUUCUCGCAGCGUUUCGUCAGAGCCAGACCCGCCUGCAGCUCAAGGGAGGCGUGCUCCUCUCCCAGAGCAGGCUGGAACCCAGGUGGGUUCCGCGUCCCGGGAAGGUGGUCUCCAUUCGUCGCUCUGCAUCUGGUUUGUCAGAUCCGAGAGGCUCUGAAACUGCGGAGCGGCCACCGGACGCCCUCUGGAGCAGGCAGCAGCAUGCAGCCGCCGCCAAGUCUGUGCGGACGCGCCCUGGUUGCGCUGGUUCUUGCCUGCGGCCUGUCGCGGAUCUGGGGAGAGGAGAGAGGCUUCCCGCCUGCCAGGGCCACUCCGCUUUUACAAACCGCAGAGAUAAUGACGCCACCCACUAAGACCUUAUGGCCCAAGGGUUCCAACGCCAGUCUGGCGCGGUCGUUGGCACCUGCGGAGGUGCCUAAAGGAGACAGGACGGCAGGAUCUCCGCCACGCACCAUCUCCCCUCCUCCGUGCCAAGGAUCCAUCGAGAUCAAGGAGACUUUCAAAUACAUCAACACAGUUGUGUCCUGCCUUGUGUUCGUGCUGGGGAUCAUCGGGAACUCCACACUUCUGAGAAUUAUCUACAAGAACAAGUGCAUGCGAAACGGUCCCAAUAUCUUGAUCGCCAGCUUGGCUCUGGGAGACCUGCUGCACAUCGUCAUUGACAUCCCUAUCAAUGUCUACAAGCUGCUGGCAGAGGACUGGCCAUUUGGAGCUGAGAUGUGUAAGCUGGUACCUUUCAUACAGAAAGCCUCCGUGGGAAUCACUGUGCUGAGUCUAUGUGCUCUGAGUAUUGACAGAUAUCGAGCUGUUGCUUCUUGGAGUAGAAUUAAAGGAAUUGGGGUUCCAAAAUGGACAGCAGUAGAAAUUGUUUUGAUUUGGGUGGUCUCUGUGGUUCUGGCUGUCCCUGAAGCCGUAGGUUUUGAUAUAAUUACAAUGGACUACAAAGGAAGUUAUCUGCGAAUCUGCUUGCUUCAUCCCGUUCAGAAGACAGCUUUCAUGCAGUUUUACAAGACAGCAAAAGAUUGGUGGCUGUUCAGUUUCUAUUUCUGCUUGCCAUUGGCCAUCACUGCAUUUUUUUAUACCCUGAUGACCUGUGAAAUGUUGAGAAAGAAAAGUGGCAUGCAGAUUGCUUUAAAUGAUCACCUAAAGCAGAGACGGGAAGUGGCCAAAACCGUCUUUUGCCUGGUCCUUGUCUUUGCCCUCUGCUGGCUUCCCCUUCACCUCAGCAGGAUUCUGAAGCUCACUCUUUAUAAUCAGAAUGAUCCCAAUAGAUGUGAACUUUUGAGCUUUCUGUUGGUAUUGGACUAUAUUGGCAUCAACAUGGCCUCACUGAAUUCCUGCAUUAACCCAAUUGCUCUGUAUUUGGUGAGCAAAAGAUUCAAAAACUGCUUUAAGUCAUGCUUAUGCUGCUGGUGCCAGUCAUUUGAAGAGAAACAGUCCUUGGAGGAAAAGCAGUCGUGCUUAAAGUUCAAAGCUAAUGAUCACGGAUAUGACAACUUCCGUUCCAGUAAUAAAUACAGCUCAUCUUGAAAGAAGAACUAUUCACUGUAUUUCAUUUUCUUUAUAUUGGAUCGAAGUCAUUACAACAAAAUGAAACAUUUGCCAAAACAAAACAAAAAACUAUGUAUUUGCACAGUAUACUAUUAAAAUAUUAAGUAUAAUUAUUUUAACACUCAUAGCUACAUAUGACAUUUUAUGAGCUGUUUACGGCAUGGAAAGAAAAUCAGUGGGAAUUAAGAACGCCUCAUCGUGAAAGCACUUAAUUUUUUACGGUUAGCACUUCAACAUAGCUCUUAAUAACUUCCAGGAUAUUCACACAACAUUUAGGCUUAAAAAUGAGCUCACUCAGAAUUUCUAUUCUUUCUAAAAAGAGAUUUAUUUUUAAAUCAAUGGGACUCUGAUAUAAAGGAAGAAUAAGUCACUAUAAAACAGAACUUUUAAAUGAAGCUUAAAUUACUCAAUUUAAAAUUUUAAAAUCAUUUAAAACAACUUUUCAAUUAAUAUCAUACCAUUGAUCACACUGUAAUUAGAUGCAAAUGAGAGAGCAGUUUAGUUGUUGCAUUUUUUGGACACUAGAAACAUUUAAAUGAUCAGGAGGGAGGAACAGAAACAGCAAUGCUGUUUUUGAAAAUCAUUACACUCCUUUCACUAGAAGCCCAAACCUCAGCAUUCUGCAAUAUGUAACCAACAUGUCACAAACAAGCAGCGUGUAACAGACUGGCACAUGUGCAAGCUGAAUCUAAAAUAUAAUACUUUUAAAAAGAAAAUUAUUACAUCCUUUACAUUCAGAUAAGAUCAAACCUCACAAAGAGAAACAGAAUGUUUGAAAGGCUAUCCCAAAACACUUCUUUGAAUCUGUUAUUCACAUACCCUGUGAAGACAAUACUAUCUACAAUUUUUUCAGGAUUAUUAAAAUCUUCUUUUUCACUAUCGUA